UAUAAACUUUGCAAUCAUAUAUUAGUUGGGAUUUAGCAUUUUAUAUUGAAACAACAAUGAAAUUUUGGAUUCUGAUAAGUUUAAUUUGUGGUUUCAUUGUCGCAAAUAGGGCAGCAGUAGCUAGAGGAACUUAUAAAGACCCAAGAUACCCAGGCAAAUGUGUUGUUGGUGAUUUAAUUGUAUCGCCCGGAGAAGAGGCUAAACAUCCUUUUUCACGUUGUGGCCGUAUGUUGUGCGGCAGUGAAGGUUCUGUUGUUUUCCACACAUGUGGUGCCAUUGGUGCACCAUCAGGUUAUAUAUUGGGUGAUCCCAUUGAGCCUGCAGCACCAUAUCCAAAAUGCUGUAAUAGACAUUUUAUUCCGGUCGAUAAUUAAUUUCAUUCAUUGUGAGAUUCUAUGUUAAAGAUUUUCAAUAAAUAAAGAAAUAUGUUAAAAAUGUA